GCUUUCAGUUGCUGUUCGUUGCUACAAACGUUUGGUAUUGCGGUUAAAAAAAAAGUAAAAAGAAAAAUAAAUAUUCCAUUUUGUUACCCACACUCUCCUCCCUCCCUCUCUGUGUAAUAAUAUUUAUAAUUAAAUUUACGAGUUAAGUUGUUGAAUUAUUCUGUGAUAUGCCAUGGAUAACGAUUUGAAGGCUGAGCAUAGUGAAAAUCAUCGCGGUUCGGUGUCGUCUAGUAAAUCCUUAGAAAUACCUCAAACACCAUCGCGUUCACCCAAAAAAGUAUCCUUCUCCGAUGAAUUGCCCAUGGAGAAGCCAAUGUUGCAAAAUGCAGCCACUGAGGUGGCAAUUGUUGAAAGUGGUGUAAGCCAAGUAUUGCAACAGGCUGCCCAGUAUCUAGAGAGAUUACAUGGUGGAGCACGUGACUAUCCUAGUGUUGUUAAUAAUAAUAAUCAUAAUAAUAAUAAUGAUGUUGAUAAUAUUGCUAACGAUGCAUAUGCAACAGCGGCGGAUGCGACGGCAACAGAAAUAGCAACAGCUACAGCGACGGCAUCUUUAGCUAACUCACCAAGCAUUCUGAUAGCCAACGAUGAUGAUGACGCAGAUGAAGACGCUGGCAAACAGGAAGCGAAUCAUCAUCAUCAUCAUGAUCAUCAUGGAAAUGGUGAUCAUCAGCUGCUGCAAUCGAAUUUCUACAUGGAGCGUUACAACCUUAAUUUAGAUAAAAAUUGCAGCUCGAUGGAGCUAGAGGCGCGACGGGAGAAACAACGUUGGCUCUUGAUAUCAGAGUGCAGUGCUCUCUUUGGUGAGGGUAAACACACACGUGAGGCAUUCCGUAAACUAUUUCUGGACGAGGAAUUCCAGCAAAAACUCUUCCAGCUCUUUGAUUUGGAACAGAAUGGCCAUCUAUUGCAAGAUCGUUGGAUAGAGCAUCUGAAAGGUCGUUUAACCGAUGAUCGUCAAAUGGAUUUUGCCGAGCAAAUUGAAUCGGUGGCCUAUGUGAUAUGCGGCGAGAGGAGUCGAGUGAGCUUUAAGAACUUUUGCGAUAUUUGGCAUACGCGUGGUAUUUUGGAUAAAUUGUACCGCCUUAUUGAUAUGGAUGGUGCCAAUCUUAUUUCUACCAAUCAGGUGAUGGAAUUCAUUUCACAUUUGACCAAUUCAAGGCCACGCACAGGCUUCGAUAAGAGCUCUCUGGCCAGAUUGGAGCAACUUUUUCGCUCAACUGUUGGCAAUGAGCAGGAGAUUAGACGAGAAGAGUUUCAAAAAAUUGUUACCUCGAAAAAUCCCUUCUUCACAGAGCGUGUCUUUCAAAUUUUCGAUAAGGACAAUUCCGGUUCAAUAUCCCUGCAAGAGUUUAUCGAUGCUAUACAUCAAUUUUCUGGACAAUCUGCGGAUGAUAAAAUCCGUUUUCUCUUCAAGGUCUAUGAUAUAGAUGGUGAUGGUCUUAUACAGCAUAAGGAAUUGCAUGAUGUGAUACGACAUUGCAUUAAGGAGAAUGGCAUGGAAUUUUCAGAGGAUCAAAUUGAGGAUUUAACCAGUGCCAUGUUUGAAGAUGCUGAUCCACAUAAUAGUGGAGAGAUUACCUAUGAGGCCCUCAAGAAUCAAUUGCAUAAACAUGGUGGUCUCUUAGAGAAUCUAAGUAUUACCAUUGAUCGCUGGCUAGUGCCCAUGGCGGAGGAUAGACCAACGGGAGCAAGUGCAUCUAAUGGCAAAUUUUGGAAUACCAUACCUCAUCAGCUAACUUUGGCUUAUAUGAAAAACAAUCAGGUGUUUGUCUCAUAUCUUUUCUUCUACAUAGCCGUCAAUCUAUGUUUGUUUAUCUCGCGUGCCAUUCAAUACAGAGCCAGCAAUGGUUUUGUCAUAAUAGCCAGAGCUUGUGGACAAUGUCUUAACUUUAAUUGCGCCUGGGUAUUGGUUCUUAUGCUAAGGCAUUCACUUACCUAUUUGAGGGGUCGAGGUCUAUCGUCAUAUUUGCCCUUGGAUCAUCAUGUCUAUUUGCAUAAACUCACGGGUAUAACCAUAUCGGUUUUGAGUUUGAUACACACCAUUAUGCAUUUGUUCAAUUUCUCGAUCAUUGUGAUUAAUGAUCCGAAAAUUAAUGCUGGACAUUAUACCAUAGGCGAAUGGUUACUCACAGAUCGUCCGGGAUUGUUUGGUUUAAUACCUGGCUGUGCCAAUCCCACGGGAGUUGCCUUGUUGCUGAUACUCCUGGUGAUGUUUGUGUGCUCUCAGCCGUUUGUGCGGCGUAAGGGCAGCUUUGAGGUCUUCUAUUGGACACAUUUGCUGUAUGUGCCCUUUUGGAUAUUGGCUUUGUUUCAUGGCCCGAAUUUCUGGAAAUGGUUUCUAUUGCCUGGCCUGGUCUAUGUGGUGGAGCGUGUUUUACGUUAUGUCUGGAUGCGUGGUGAGCAUGGCAAGACUUAUAUUAGCUCCGGCCUGCUCUUGCCAUCGAAGGUCAUACAUUUGGUCAUCAAGCGACCAUUCAAUUUCAAUUUCCGUCCAGGGGAUUAUGUUUUUGUGAAUAUACCGGCGAUUGCCAACUAUGAAUGGCAUCCGUUUACCAUAAGUUCGGCACCCGAGCAAGAGGAUUAUAUGUGGCUACACAUACGCACGGUGGGUGAGUGGACGAAUCGUUUGUAUCGUUAUUUCGAACGGGAACAGCAGCGUCUGCACAAGGGUGAGGGGUCAGUGGAGCAACAGCCUCAGCAUAUGCAUGCCAUACCCACGCCCAGUUUCAUGUUGUUGAAUGAGACACGUAAUCCCGCCAUGACCACGACCACAACAACGCCACAAAUGGAUUUUCUGGCUCAAAGUCAUCAACAGAUGGCUGCACCGCCAGUGCGUCCGCCACGACAACAUAGGCAACAAAAGACCUCAACAGUUGAGGCAGGUGUAAAUCCAGGUGUGAAUCGCAUACGAAGCAUUAAGAAGACAUUACAGCGUACAUUCUCAAGGGGCAAGGAUGCCACACCAGAGCCAACACCCACACCCAAGACGGGUUACAUCAAUGGAGCCUUUUUCGGUGAGGAAUUCGGAGCUGCAGGGGGCUAUCACAAGCAAAGGCCGCUGGAGAAGAGCAUCUCACUGCCAGACAUUAGUGCCAAGAACAACAAUAAAAAACGUGGCAGUCGUCUCAAGGCCUUACGUUCCUUGGCCCGUUCCGAAUCCGAAAGAGCCUUCGAUGAGAAGCGUGUACGUCUGGGUGGGCGACGUCACAAUAGUGUGGGCUUGGCCUAUCUCAGUCCGCAGAACAAAUCGCUGGCCCAGAGUUUUCGUUAUAUGCGUAAUAAGCCAACAAUUAUAGCCUUCAAGACUCCCAGUCUGACAGAGCAAGAUGAUGUGCAAACCCCUCAAAUGGAGGCGACACACACAAUUGGAGGUGAGACAGAUUUGGGAAUGGAAUCGGGAGAGAAGAUACAAAUAAGUCGGCUAAGUGUUUAUGCAGAGGUUGUAUCAUCCAAGCCGCUAGAGGACCACACACAAUUGACAACGGGCAGCCGAAAGUCGUGUCUGCGACGACCUACAUUUUUACGUUCGCUGUCCAAUCGGGCAGCGGCGGCAUAUGGUAAUGGUGGCGGCGGAGGAGGUGGAGGAGGAGGCGGUUCUACAUCUAAUAGCGGUGGCAAGGUUACACUUGAUGCAGGAGUCAUGGAGAUAUUCAUUGAUGGCCCGUAUGGUGCACCAUCGAGUCAUAUUUUUGGUGCCCAGCAUGCUGUAUUGAUUGGAACUGGCAUUGGUGUAACACCCUUUGCCAGCAUUCUGCAGUCCAUAAUGCAUCGCUAUUGGAAGGCUCGUCACAGCUGUCCACGCUGUCAAUUCGAAUGGGCCAGUGAGAUUCCCAAAUCCGUGAUGAAUUUACGUAAAGUGGACUUUUUCUGGAUCAACAGAGAUCAACGUUCGUUCGAAUGGUUUGUCAAUUUGCUCUCUCAACUGGAAAUAGAGCAGGCCGAGUUAGGUGGAGCCAUGGAACGUUUUCUGGACAUGCACAUGUACAUUACCAGCGCCUUGCAGCGUACUGAUAUGAAGGCAGUAGGUCUUCAAUUAGCUUUGGAUUUGCUUCACGAAAAGGGUAAACGUGAUCUAAUUACUGGUCUUAAGACCCGCACAAAUGCCGGACGACCCAAUUGGGAUAAGGUAUUCAAACAAUUGCAGGCCCAACAAAAGGGCAAGGUUACCGUCUUCUAUUGCGGGCCGCCACAGUUGGCCAAAACAUUACGCUACAAGUGUGAUCAAUAUGGAUUCUCAUUUCGUAAGGAGUGCUUCUGAUUCAACGUCAUCAAGCAUCGACAACAAUUCAUCUUUAGCAUCUUUAGCCAUUCAUCUUAUUGCCAUUGUUCGUUAUCUCAUUUGGGUCUUGUUUGGGUUUAGUAUUUUAGUAACUCCACCUUGUGUUUUUGUUGACUC